CUAAAGGCCUCUGGUUGUUGAGGUCUAGGCCUUUUAUAUGCCAGAAGGUAGAACCGUAUAUCUCUAGUCUCUUGCCUGUCCCCCAUGACCGAAUGUAGGGGUCCUAACUAGAUCCCAAACAAUGAUAUUGGACCUUAACGGCCGCAGCAGUAGCCGCAUGGGAGCAUCCUGGAUUCUGUGCAUAUCUGCCGGUCAAUCGAACAUUGUGUGUACUGCUACUCCCAAUGGAUGCGUUACAGCUACACGGAUAUGUGCAUGUGUUCCCUUCAAGUGGGCAUCGGCAGUAGGUGAUCCAGACCGGGGGGAGGCAGAAUGUCUACCUGUCGCUUCUUGAGUGCUGUGUUAGGGGAUGGAUCCAGGGACUUGUU